AAAAAUAUCCAAGACCCUAACAUAUUUACAAAAGUUAGAACCAGCAAGGCUUUGAUCUGGCAAGGUAGUGUCAUCACUAAAACAUAUCUUUUAUAUGCAAGGGACCAAGGUAUCGACUUCAUCUCGUGAUUAUGAUUAAAAAACGAAUGAGGACAGAAAUAAACAAUUCACAUUUUAACAUAUAAGCCACAUCGGUUGUGUUCAAUUGUAAAUAAUUCUUGACUUAUUUAAGAGUCGCAUUCGAACUGAGUAUUGUAUUACUGUAUUGUUUUUAAGAGAAAGCCGACCGUUCUGUUAUGACUCGCUAACCAAAAGUACAAUCGGAGGAACGGAGUUGAUAUCGAGCACUCAUUAUAAUUCUAGAGGAAAGUCUGCGGUUCAUAAAUACCCAAUCGUAUAAAGGAUAACUUCAAAGGACGUCGACAAGUGCAAACAGUAUCAACAUGGCAUCAUUCUACUACAUUGUACAUAGCUGCACAAAUACUCUAGGUGAGAUCUUGUAAUGAUUGUGACACUACUAUAGCCGAAACAAGGAUUCGACAAAGUAUGAAUAGCAUUAACAAUAAAAUAGAUCUGGGAUCCAUCUUGAUAGAACAACUCCAAAUCGGAAAAUUAGGAUUACAAUAAUUAAGAAAUACAAUUGCAAGAAAUCGUAUGAUGUAAAUGAUCAAAAACAGAAAAUAAUUAUUAAUGCAGACUGAAUGAAGUGGAAAGUAUAAAAGGGUAUAUAUUUUCAAAAGGACAAUAUGGGUAGAAAUGAUUUCAGCGAUUCGACAAAACUGUUAGACAAUGAUUUACCACCACAUGGUCAAGCCAAACGAAAUGGUACGAUCAAGCAGAACGGCACAUACACUAGAGACAUUCAGCCAUAUACAUCUUCCGUUGGUAGUGGUACAUUCAGCACAGGAGGAACAGCUAGUGAUCAUUUUGAACUUCCACGAACCAAGAUGGUUCAGGGAUGCUGUGGGAAGGUGUUUAAACAUGGCUACUGGGAUGAGUUCAAAGAGGUCCUUAAGCUAGCCUGGCCUGUAAUAAUUACUCAGCUAUGGCAAAUGUUGAUUGCCCCCAUCAGCCUUGUAUUCUGUGGACACUUAGGCAAGAUAGAACUUGAUGCAGUAGCUCUGGCUAAUACCAUGAUCAAUGUGUUUGGUAUAUCAAUAGGAACAGGUCUGGCCACUGCAUGUGACACUCUCUUUUCACAGGCCUAUGGAGGAAAUAAUAAGAAAAUGGUUGGGGUUUACUUACAAAGAAGCUUGUUGAUGAUAUUUCUCGGUGCAGUGGUCUUGGUCCCGCUUCAUCUUAACGCCGAGGGCUUAUUACGUGCUAUUGGGCAGGAUCACCAAGUUGCUAAGGGUGCAGGAGAGUACCUAUUAAUCUUUAUACCCGGACUUUUUAUAAACUUUCUCUACCAAGUCAUAACAAAAUACCUUCAGAAUCAGAACAUUGUAUUUCCAUCACUAUUUAUUGGAGCGAUCGCUAAUGUCGUCAAUGCCGUACUGCACUAUGUUGUCAUUUAUGUGUGGAAUUUUGGCAUACAGGGUUCAGCCGUGGUGCAAGUGAUCUCAUAUGGAACGAUGCUGCUACUUCACAUCAUCUAUAUACUUGUCAGCAAAAUCUAUGUGGAGACAUGGGGAGGAUGGACACUCGAUGCUUUUCAACAUUGGGGGACAUACAUGAAGCUUGCUAUACCUGGCAUGUUGAUGAUCUGUAUUGAAUGGUGGAGCUUUGAGAUUGGUACAUUCCUCACCGGUUUAUUAGGAGGGAGUGAUCUUGGUGCGCAGUCCAUAUGCUUCCAAAUAGACUACAUGGGGUAUAUGAUUCCCCUCGGCUUAGGCAUAGCAUGCAGUAUACGGGUGGGACAAUACUUAGGGUCUGAUCUCCCGUCUUACGCUGUACAAAGCUUCAGGGUUUGCACUACCAUGGUUUGGGUUUGUUCCAUAACAGUCGGUCUCAUAUUUGUGUCGCUACGCUUCUACAUUCCAAGGGCUUUCACGGAUGAUAAUGACGUCAUAGAGAUAUCUGCUAACUUGCUGCCAAUUAUUGCCCUUUAUCAGUUUUUCGACGGCAACUGUGCUGUUGCUCAAGGAGCUAUACGAGGAUCAGGAAGGCAGCUACCAGGGGCAAUAGCAAUGUUUAUAGGCUACUAUAUCAUAGCUCUACCUAUAGGAAUACCACUCAUGUUCCUUACUAAUUUAAGGGCGGCAGGUCUGUGGUGGGGGUUGACGCUAGGUCUUAUUCUUGUAUCCAGUACUCUAGUCUUGAUAGUAUGCUUCACUAACUGGGACAAUGCCGCAAAACAGGCGCAGGAGAGAGGAGGUGUGAUGACAGACGAUGACACAAUGUACAACCAAACAACAAUACUGGACACCGAUAAAUCAUCUGAAACUACAGCACUACUAAGUAACAAAGAAAGAAGCUUUGAGCAGAGUGGCAACUCCAUCAGGUCAAACAGACUCAAUAGACAAUUCUCAACUUCAUACACUGUAGAGAAUGCACCAAUUGAUUUAGAAAAACUUGAACAUACUGGUGAACUCACGAACGCUGCAUUGUUGUGUCGAAGAGGGAUAACAGUGCUUAUAUGUCUGUUUAUAGUCGGUAUAGGAGUGCUCAUUAGACUUGUUGUCAAAUACCCGGAGGAAUUGACUAUGUUAUGUGUACCAUGGGAUGGCAAAGGACCUUUACCUAACACGACAAUGCCAAUAUGUAAUGUUACCAUGGAGACGACCACUAUAUUUCCAAAUAUGACAAAAAUGGUGACUUAAGGAUUUGUCCCCAUUUAUCAACAAUGAAAUUAUACAAAUAACAUGAUUGGAGUGAGUGGCGUCUUGCAGUAAAGGUGUUAACAUUGGGGAAAACUUGACUGUUUUUUGUGAUUAGACAUAUUACUUAAAAUGUUUUUAUUUUGAAAUAUAACAAACCGUUGUACACGAUGAAAUGGAAUUGUUUGAAACUAUCCAGUUGAGCCUGCAUAUAAUGUUGUGUUGCAAGCAGUCAGAAUAUUAUCAAAAACAUUAUUCAGUUUUAUGUAUUUGAUUUUCCGGAACAUGUAUAUACCUUAUAAGAUAUUGGUAUUAAAGUUUGACAUUUCUUUAGUUUAAUCUAUUUGAUGUUGAAUAAAGAAACAUCUAAGAAUAGUACUAACAUGAAGAAACAACCCCCAAUACCCAGACUUUGAUGAAGAAGUUAUUACAAUACAUGUAUAUGUAGAAUUAGAAAAAUAAACUAAGAAUGCCUUCUAA